AGACUCAUCGAUUUUAGGAUUUUAACAGAUUGUAUUUACUAAAACUACGCUUUACUAACUGGCGAAAAAAGAACACGAAAGAGAAACACUUCCAGCCUUAAAAUCGAACGUGUGGUUGUAUUGGAAAAAGUAAAUCUCAGUUGGUCCACCAACUGUUUGAUGAUUUGCCUCUGAAUGCUUCUUCCGUUCUGCCAACAACAAAAACCCCGGCAUUCAAAAUGGCGUUAUAUUUGAUUAGAAAAGCCAUUGCAUUCCCAUCAAUUAGGAAUUCUGGGUUCCUCACUAGACUACGUGGUUUUUGCUCAGGGGUUCCUCCAACUGUCAAUAAGGAAGAUAUCAAGCCAACCAACUACUCUAGUAAGUUUCAUCUUUCUCCUUUGUUCAACGAUGGCUUUUAUCGUUUGGAUUCUUAUCAUAUUGAGCUUGUUGAUGAUGAAACCUGGAGAGUCUCAUCGGGUAUAGCUCAUGCUUACAAGGGGUUUGAUGGGGAAAUGGGAACUCUACCCUCUACCCAAUUAGUUGAUCGAAGGGUGGUAAAUGGUUCUCAUAUAAUUGAAGAUGAUCAAGACUUUGAUGACAUAGAUAAUAUGAGAAUUCGGGGUAACCUCUUUUAUAAAAUCGACCGUGGUUCCAAGGAGUUUGAGGAGUAUGCUUAUGACUUUCAUAGGAAGAAAGGUCCCAAUAACAGGGAUGAUCGUAAAGAAAGCAAAAAUAAGGAGUCUUUGCAUAAGAAGGAUGAUCCUAAAGAAAGUAAAAGGGUUGAGAAAUCGAACGUUAGACUGCUUGAAGAUGCUAAAAAUGGAAGUGUUGGAAAUAUUCUUGACAAAGUGGAGGUUUGUUCGGUUGAGACGAAGAAGAAGGUGAGAACACCCACUUUUAAUCAACUCACCGGUCCUUAUCAUGAACCAUUUUGCCUUGACAUUUACAUAUCAAAAGCAUCGGUUCGAGCCUGUAUCAUUCACCGGGCCACUAGCAAGGUUGUUGCUGUAGCUCAUUCCAUAUCUAAGGAUAUGAAAUUUGACAUAGGUUCCACUAGAAAUGCGUCUGCUUGUGCUGCUGUGGGUUCAGUUUUGGCUCAAAGAGCUUUGGAUGAUGAUAUCCAUGAUGUUAUUUACACGCCAAGGAAAGGGGACAGAAUAGAAGGGAAGCUUCAGAUAGUUCUUCAAUCUAUUAUUGAUAACGGCGUUAAUGUGAAGGUUAAGCUUAAACAGAGAAGACCCAAGAAAGCAGCGCUGGUAUCUACAACUUAAGUUUAUUUAGCUGGCUAUGCUGAUGAUAUGUUCUUGACUACAUUUUCAGUUUGCAUUCUAAACUUUCAAAUUGGUUAGAUGAAUCACUGUCCUUGCUGUCAAGGAAUGGUUAAACUUAGGGUCAUCCUCUUAACUUUCUCCAAAUCUGUUGAAAUGGUUGAGACUUUGAUUGCAGAGCUCUUUGUUGUCAAGGAAUCUAGGCUGAUCUUCCUAUCAUCAAGAUCUAAAGGUCCUCAUAAGUUGGAAUAUAAUGCGACUGUAGUUGCAUCGUGAACUGGAUCAAGCAGCCAAAUGAAGUUCCCACAAUGAUAAAGAAUAUGAGUUUGUUGUCUGAUUUCCUGAAGCUGGACAGUAAAUGGUGCACUAGGCACAUCUCCAGAUUGAUUAAUAAAGAUGCGGACAAACUAAGGAGGGUGUCAAUAGACCUCAUAGCUUAAUGUAUUCUGAUUAAUGGUGCUUGUGCGGGCGUGGCUUUUGAAAGGGAGUGAUACGUAGUGGUGGCUUUGUCUGGGGCUGGCACUUUUAUCGUGGGGCCUCUUGUAAUUGUGUCCUUAAUUAUGACCAUCUCAAGUCUUUGAAUAAAAUGCUUUACUUUUCAAGAAAAAA